AUCACUGUGCGGGGCGCGCCGUCGGGGCGCAGCCUUCCCCUUCCAAAGUAACGGUGAUGGGGAACGGCCGUCGGGACGUCGCCGCUUCCUCAGGCUACUGCUGUGGAGUGGGAACCGCGCCUCACCUACAGAGCCCGCCGGGGGCCUCAAAACUCUUCUCGCCAGCCUUGGCUCCGAGUAUCGGAGCUGUUGCCGCGGUCCGUGGGACGGCGGGAGGUCGGAGCCCCUGUGGGGCGGGCGUGGGCUGCAGCGCCGGUGGCGGGAUGAUCGCUGUGUGCCCCGAGGCUCGGUGUGAGGGACAGAGCCUCAGAAGCGGCGAGGAGCGGGACGUACCGGCAGUGCGCUCUCUAAACCAAACAUCGACCCGUCUUGGCAAAGCUGUGUUGCCCUCGGUGUGGAUCCAAUACAUUUUUUGGUAACGAAUUGUGAAGACUCAGUAGCUGUUCAGCAGUGUGACCACUCUCUUGGUUCAUAUACUCACAGCAAAGCCUCCAUCUGUCUCAUGGAUUAUAGAUCUAAAUUGAUGGCUUCAGUAACAGAUGCCAGAUACAGGCAGAAGGAUACUUCAGAUCAAAAUUUUGAUUACAUGUUCAAGCUCCUGAUCAUCGGCAACAGCAGCGUGGGCAAAACCUCCUUCCUCUUCAGGUACGCCGAUGACACGUUCACACCAGCCUUCGUCAGCACCGUGGGCAUUGACUUCAAGGUGAAAACAGUCUACAGGAACGACAAGAGGGUGAAGCUGCAGAUCUGGGAUACAGCUGGACAGGAGAGGUACAGGACCAUCACUACAGCCUACUACCGAGGAGCAAUGGGCUUUGUGCUGAUGUACGACAUCACCAGCGAGGACUCCUUCAAUGCAGUGCAGGACUGGGCCACACAGAUCAAGACUUAUUCCUGGGACAAUGCACAAGUGAUCCUGGUUGGAAAUAAAUGUGACAUGGAGGAUGAAAGAAUUGUUCCUGUGGAGAAGGGGAAGCAUCUGGCAGAUCAGUUAGGUUUUGACUAUUUCGAAGCCAGUGCCAAAGAAAACAUCAACGUAAGGCAGGUGUUCGAGCGCCUGGUGGAUAUAAUCUGUGAGAAGAUGUCGGAGAGCAUAGAGUCAGACCCUUCCAGGGGCAGCUCUGGCAGGGGCAUGCGGCUGACAGACAACCCGCCACCGGCGCAGCACAACUGCUCCUGCUAGUGACCCUGCUCCCUGGGAAAGCUCCUUCUGCUUUCGUCUCUCCAUUUGUGGUGGUGCUUUAUCAUGUAGCCCAAAGGCAGAAGUCUCUGUUGUAGGAAACUGGUAUGUUUGUGGAAUGUGCUGGAGUGUUGAUGUUCUGUAUCUCCUCAUUCAGUAAUUCAAAAAACCCAAGUCCCAGAUCUGAAUAAAUGUUGUGUGUGCAGCUGGUGUUAACGUUACACUGAAGAGGAAGAGCUGUACAGUGUUGCAGGUGGGUUUUGGUUUUUUUUCCACAGGGAAUGUUGAAUUUUUAAUUAUAGAUUUCUCUACUUUGGAAAAAGUUGGGUUUUCUCAAGAACAACAGAAGACAUAGAAAAACUAUUAGAAGGGACCAGGCAAAAUCUCCUAUAAAAUAAGAACUUUUUUUUAAAAAUUAUACCAUUAAAAAAAUAGAAACAAACCCUGAGGUACUUUUGAGAGUUGUUGCUGCCUUCUAGGUACUGUACCUCAGUUUUCCUGCACAAUGAGGCAGAAAGCAGUGCCUAUCUGACAGCUUGAGAUCCUCCAGAGUGCUAGGAAGGAGGGGUGGAUUUUGUGUCAAGCUUCUAAACAGAGGAAAAGCACAUAUAAGAAUCAAAACUGCCAGGUAGGGGAGGAGGAGACAGAAACUUUGCAGCUGUGCCUGUGCUCUUGGCUGGUGGCAGGUGAAGGAGCAAGAGCCCUUCCAGGGCCUGCCCUUGCCCCGCAGACUUCUCCAGUCACCAGUCCUGGGGCUGUUGCUGUGUUCCACCCCUUGCUAUGUGCAGUCCUUUGUUUCUAGAAGCCCAGGAGCCAGCUAUCCUGCAGCUGUAAGCUGUAGUUUUACCUCUCCAGGUUUGUGUCUGCUCUGAUCAGCUGCUUGAUGGUGGAUUGACUGCAGGAUGGACAGGAGAAACAGGCUACUAUAUGCUUAGUUGGAAGUAAAAUCUGCCAUAUAGGACAUGGACUGCACUAUCCUACAAAGAUAAAAGUAUCAGGAACCAAAAUAUGAGUGUUGGCCAGUAUUAGUGCCAAUAUGAAUAGUUUUUUUCCUCUGCAUUUUGUGUUGAUUUAGAUUUUAGAUAUGUUAGAUGUGUGUGGGGGUGGUUUUUCUGGCUUUAAAUUCAACCUCAAAGUAUAAGUCCAAAUAAAAGAAGAUGGAUGAUGAAAAUUCACCUGCCAAUGAAAAAUGGUAAAGACAUCCUGCUGAGAGUUACUCCAUGGGCAUUUUGUUGCGUCAUUCUUUGGAGGGAGGAACAAUUUUGAAUUCUUGAUGUAUAAAGUAUUCUAAUAAUUCCCACAGCUCUAAGAAUGACAAAACAUUUCAUCUGUGUGCAGAACCCUGUACACUGUCCCCACGCAGAGCUGUGAGUAGAGGGAACUGCUUUGGUGAGUCUGUAUCUUGCCUAUGCUGUAUGCCUUUGUGAGCACACACUUUGUGUGUCCCAGCUCCAUGCAGUGACUAUAAACUGUUGUCUGCCAGUGUAAAUCAGAUGGAACUGCAGAGUUCACUGCCUCGAGGUGAAAAUUCUGAGAGAUUGUGUGGCUUUACCUUAGGCCUGCGAACUUCUCUGACUGAGGAGACUUUCUGAUGUCAGUAUCUGCCCACUGCACUGUAAUUUGCUGGAUCAGGACACUAGCGAUUGAUUGCCUUUGUAACUUUGUUCUGUUGUGUCUGGCAAUUUAAUAGCUCGAAGAAAAAAAAAGCACAAUACACCGACGUGGUUUGAGCUCGUGCUAAAGGCUCUAUCUCCUUCUGUGCUGCUUUCAGAAAUGUUUACUGUGAUGUGUUUUGGGUGUGUGUGAUCUAGUCCUGGGAGAGUGAUUUGUGCAGUGCUAGGAAUGUGGUUCUUGUAUCUAAAGCUCUGAAACUGCAAAAUAAAGCAAAAUGUAGCCACUGA